AUGGGCGCAUGCAAUGCCAGUGGGCCAUCCUCAGCGAAAGGCCCCAAGGUGAUGAAAGAUGCUACCUCCACUUCAUCUUCUUCCUUUGCCGCUGCCCCUGCGGCCUUACCUGAAGCUGACCACCCGCAGCAAAGCCACCUGCCAAAGCAGGAGAAACUGCAGGAGGCCAAUGCCCUACAGCGUCCCAAGACGGAGCUCCAUACCGAGGGAAAGGUCCCCGAACCCUUCCAGGCCAAGUCAGAGGCUGACGCUGAGAAGAGGCGUUUGGCUGAACGUCAAGAGCGGCUUCUGCUGAAGGUGCGAUGUGACGAGGAGGCAGGGCCAGAGGAGAAACUGCGCGACCCGCGUUGCCAUUCGCGCAUAGAGGCCGCAGAGACCAAAGAGGCCAAGGCUGAGAUGAAUUUGAAGGAGGUGAAAGGAGGAGCUGUGAUGGAGGAGAAGCUCCAGGAGCUGAAAGGGUAG